AUGUCGGGCCUUGAAGGAAUCGCAGCCUUGGGCUUGGCAUGUAGCAUUUUCCAGGUCAUCAGCUUCGGUCGCGAGACGCUGGGUCAAGUCAAAGGUGUAUAUCGUGAUGGCACCCUCGACAAAUCACUCAUGCACAAGAUCAACGCAAUACAAGACGUGGUGUCCAAUAUCAUUGACGUCAAUAUCCCCCAACCAGCAAGCAUAAACAUUGAGUCUCUCGGACAUGAGCUGCUGCAGUUCAUCAUUAGGUAUGAGCAGGGGUACAGAGCAGCCUCUGACCUCGUGUCAAAAGAAGCCCUGCAGGUGCGAGAGGUCAUCGUGAGACAGUCUGCAAAGACUGAGGAGGUCCUUCGGGCCCAUUUCACACAGACUUCAGCAGAAUUUGAACAGAAAUUCGAGAGACAUAUCGAGCAGGCCAGCAGAGAACGGCUGCGAGAGAGACUACUCAAGAGUCUCAAAUACCCCGGCAUGAACGAGCUCACCAAUCAGGUUGAGAAUGCCCAUGCGCGCACAUUUCGUCGGCUGUUCGCAGAUGCGGACGACUUCAGCUACAGCGACGACGAAGAACCCUGCAGUGGAUCCGAGGAGCUGGACGAACGAGAUGCAUGCAGCGAAGACACUGACUAUUCCACGGACAGUAAGCACAAAGAGAAGCCGCCCGAAAUGGUCUGGGACAGCUUUACCGACUGGCUACAGUCAAAUCUCAGCAUCUACUGGAUCAUGGGGAAGCCAGGGUCAGGGAAAUCGACACUCGCCAAGUUUGUCUUGUCUGAGCCUCGCACCAGAAUCGCGCUGGAAAAGUGGCACCCCGGUGCGAUUAUAGCGAGCCAUUUUUUCUGGCGCCCAGGAAGUCUACUGCAGCGAAGCAUCAAAGGCAUGCUCUGCUCACUUGUCCACCAACUGGUACUCUCCAUUCCCGAAGCCUUGGAGUGCGCCGCGGAAAAUGUAGCCGGACUAGAUGAAUGUGGCCCAGAGGACAACCACCAGAAACUCCUGGAAAUUUUGGAGAAAAUCAGGUUACCAAAUGUCAAGAUCAUCGCCUCGAGCCGAAAUGAACCAGUCUUGGAAAAACGGUUCAGACACGAGCCACAGCUUCGUGUGCAGGACCUGACGGCUGGAGACCUACGUAUCUACGCCAGAGAUGUACUAUCCCAUGAGAUCCAAGAGCUUUUCCGCGAGGAGUUGGUCGAAAGGUCUGAGGGGGUAUUCCUAUGGAUGAUUCUGGCGGUUCAGAGCAUCAACCGAGGCUUGAACAACGUAGAGACUCACACAGACCUUCGCAGGAGGGUGAGGAACUUACCCAAGGGCUUGAACGACUUGUACAAGGACAUGUGGGAAAGGAUGAACGAAGACGGUGAUCUUUACCGAGAGAGCGCCGCUCUAUACUUCAAGCUCGCCAUAGCUGCUCACGGCGAACAGCUCCAGUGCCUCAGACAUGGGUGGAGUGCUCUCGAGAUGAUGCUUGCUUCAUUCGCCAAGACUCACUACGCGUUUUCAAAAAGUCCCGUCAUUUCAGCAAGCCAGCUACUGAAAGAGUGGCGUCUCUACAACCCUUCGCAAAUGCUGGAAGAUUACCUUCCCGAUCUGUCCAGCAUUGCAGAUGCCAGAGACAGCACUGCGAGGGAGCUUACUUCGCUUUGCUAUGAGCUGUACAGCUCAUCAGGUUUCCCGGUUGUCCACGAGGACGCAUGUACUACACGCAUCGCCGGCUUCUUCGGAGCCGUUGCAAGUUACCCCGGUCUGAAUCGGUUUGCUACUUCCAUCGUUCAAGAGCAGCUCAGUGGAAGUGAUAUCAGGUCAGCAGUCUUGUUAUCCGUGGCAUCCGCUCGUUGCAGUUGGGAUUGCAACUGGACCGAUCCGGCUCAUCCUCAAGCAACCUUUCCUCUCGAACUGGUGCGAAAGUUGCUGAGCCUACCCAAGGUCGAUGUCAACCUGAACUGCCCUCUGAUCGGAGUAUCGAAUCGGAGAAAGCGUAUUCUGGCAGUUGAAGAGAUAGGUCCGCUUGAUCAUAUCAAGGUAUCACCGUUCGCUAGGCUCCUGGGAUCUGGCCUGCUAAGACUAGAUUGGAGACAGGCUCAAUCGAACCGGCACCAGCACAACACGACGCAAUUCUUACGACUUGUCUCUGAUUUCGCCCUCCACGGAGCGGACUUUCGCAGUACCCUGUUUUUGGCCUUCCGUAUUGACUACUUGACAAGAGCCCGCCCCAAAGGACAAGAGGUCUUGCCCGGAUUCUUUCAGAUCCCUGAACUGAAGGGUCCUGAGUGGAGCUAUUUUCACCACAAUAACGACAGUCCGCUGGGCGUUGUAGCCCUCCAUGCAGCAACGGUAAUUGAAAGAAUGCUAGCCAGCUUGCCCAUGACAGGCUUGAGCCGCACCGACUGCAGCGCUCGGGAGGAUGGGGAAAGUUCCAUCGAGAAUGAAGAUAGGUUCGCGGAUCUUGAAAAGGCGACAUCAUCAUUUCUGCCCCAGGGGUCUCAAGAGUACAGCUGUGGAUCGAACGAUCGCGUAAUUGGUUUCCUCCAACCGGGUGGGAACUUUGCUGACAUGCCAUAUCGACAAGUCAGUGAUCAGGACUCUGCCCGGCUCAUGGAGAUGAUAUGGGCAUGCAUUUUCAAGGACGGAUUGCGUAGGAAUGACCUGGAAAUCGGUCGUGGAGAAAUCGUCGCGAGGAGCCCAUUCUCCAGUAUCGGCUUCAAGGACUAUUUGAGGGACAUGAGAUGUUUUGACGAGCUUGCUGCUCACAAGCUACAAUUGGAAUACAAACACGGUACAGUCAAACCACCGACCGCACACACAUUCAAAUUCUGGCAAUUAUAG